GCACAAGGCCACCGAUCAGAACAGACGUGUUCGAGCAAGAGGCAAGUGAACAUGACGCAUCACUGUUUGAACUUAUCAUAAACCUGGACUAGUGCCUUUGUAUUUCAUCUUUGAUAUCCUGUGUCAUUCUGAACUACAUGUACUCCUAAAGAAAGCAUAAACAUUCUGUCAAGAUGUCUGUAACUUGCAGUUUAAUUGUAAUGUUUUCAACUUUAAUGAGUGGAGUUUUGACACAGCACUAUGGUCAUAACCAGGAACUACCCCAUUUCACCAAGGAACCCGCUAAUGUUACUGCUUUUCUUGGGGAAUCGGCUCUCCUGACUUGUUCAGUGACACACCUCGGUGGUAACCAAGCCGUAGCGUGGAUGAAGCUGAACCCGACAUCGUCCUUCCUGACGAGUGGUACACAGUCCUUUGCAUCGGAGCAAGGAAAGCUGGUGGUUGUUGGAGAACAGAUCGAAGGAAAUCUCCAGUACGACCUGCUCAUCACCAACGUGACAGAAGAUGAUGCCGGCGAGUAUAUCUGCACGGUGGUGGAAUUCGGGGAGUUGAACUAUCGACGGUGGCGUCGAUCUCAGGUGGCCAUUGUAAAUGUCAUCGCCCCGAAACCACGCCCGACUCUGAGAUGUAUUGGGGACCCAAAUCCUGGUCACCUGCACGUCGGGGUGCACUUUCGACUGGGAUGUAAGCUUGAUGGCGCAGGGCAUUUGGAUACCAAGAUCAGCAUGAAUUGGACGAAGAAUGGGAAUAUGGUGGUUUCCAGGACAAGGUUUGAAGGUAUUCAGUUUGGGAGUGGGAGAUAUUUUCCGGAGCUGAUGCACCUGUUUCAAGUGUCCGUUCGUGAUAUGGGGGCAGUGUUUGAAUGUUCGGUAGAAUAUGAUCAUUAUAAUGGUACGGACUGGGGAACUAUCCGAGAUACUUGUACUAUUGAGCCGCUUUAUGUAAAACCCUAUUCCAACCUUGUUCUUCGUAAACGAUCAAUGGCUUCAGUCGACGAAGGACAGGAAGUAAGGUUUCAUUGUCCAUCUACAGGAGGACCUAAAACCCAAGAACCAAUGCUUCAGGCUUUUACUUGGAAUAUUGUCCCCACCAUCUCACCAUCGCGAUUUCGCUUAUCACACCAUGGUGACGAACUGAUCAUCCAUCGUAUCAUUGCAGAAGAUACUGGGCUCAAGAUAUCUUGUUUCAUUCCUCCUCUUUCGCAGGCCACUCCAAAACGGGAGCUCUACCUCAAGGUACGAUCCGUUGAUUCUUCCCUACUCUGGGAGCCUCGUCAACCAGCUAUCGUUGUUCCAUUUGGACCAGAGUCACUGACAAAUUCUAGUGAUUCAGUAAACUCAACGGGUGCACCUAUGACAGGAUCUGGUUCUGGUAACGCAACAACGGAUGCACCUUCCACUGUGACGCCUGUACCAGAGUUUAACACUAGUCUAACAAUGGAUUCUGGUUCGAGCCCAAACUAUUUGAAUGCAGGGUACUCUGACAAAAUUAACGGGACGGGUAGAGACCAUAACAAUGCGAAUAAGAAUGGAUCAACGGCAACUCAAAGUGCUUUAUCAGUUGGAAACCUGACAAUUGCAUUUCAGCUGAUACCACCAUCAUCUGUAACAGACGCAGCAAAUAUUUUAGCACAAAUGACUUCAUCGUCAUCAUCGUCGUCUUCAUCGUCGUCAUCAUCAUCUUCAUCAUCGUCUGGUUCAUCAGACAAGGGUGACGGUGGUUUGAUGGAUGCAGAUGAUGGUGGAUACAUAGAUGGUGGUGAUGGUGGUUACAUGGAUGGUGGUGAUGGCGGUUUCAUAAACGGCGGUGAUCCUUUCCUGGGACAUCCAAAUCUGGACUACACCUACGACCCUGGAACCGAUGCAGUUAGCCAAAAUAUAAAUCGGACAACCAUCCAACCUAGUGAUCUCACUUCAUCAGAUUUCAUCUUCAUCUUUGUCAUGAUCGCCGAAGUUUUACUCACUAUCCUCCUAGUCGUUCUCCUCCUCGUCACUGGACCCGUCUGCUUCGCUUCGAAACGAAACAAGGACAUGGAGCACACAAAAGACACUGACAUUGAGAAAUCAGCAGCACCUUUUCCGGUCAUAAUUGCGCCCUCGAGCAUGGAAUCGUCGAAAACAAUAAAACCUAUGAAUGAGAAAGUGAAAUCGUCAAAAAUGAUUCCAUCUCCUGGUGAUGUAGUGAAACCCUUGAACAAAGAGAUUCCUACCGUCGAUAUCACACUUUCAUUUGAAAUAAAGGAGAAAUCAAAAGACGUGGUGAAAGAUUCGAGAAGCGACAGGAGUGAUGUUUCUACCGUAUCCGGUUCUAUCAAAGAUGAACAUGCAAGUGAUGCAAGCACUGUGGAAUUCAAGACAUUUGGAUACCCACGAAGUGACGAUUCGUCAGAAGCAUGAACUCAAGAGAAAAUAAUUGAUUGAAUUAAACAAUCGUUGAGGAUGAAAUGUGAAAACAUAUGUAAACUGAUACAUGCAAUGGUAAGCACAUUGUGUCUUCUUGUAGAAUUAUCUCUACGAUGUGUGACUCGAAAGAGCGCCUUCUCGCAUCACUGGUAUUGGAAUGAUGCUUUAUGAAUAAUAGUGCCAAAGAAUUGAGAAAUACGCAGAAUGCAAUUUUGAGAAAAUUAUUUUGAAUGACAAAAGAUGAAAUGCAUUCUUGAGGGUAUGUAUUAGAAUGUGAUUGUCAUAGAACUGUUGUGAAUGUGUAAUGACACAUUUACGUUUGAUUCAUACUUUUCCUAUGAGUUUGAAUUUUUUAUGUUGUAUUUUCAAUGUGGAGAGUGAGGAUUCAUUCAUUAUGAGGCUAAAAACAAUCAGGGUGUGACUCUUCUUGUUAUGUUAUGUUACGCUAGUACGCCUCCAUGCUACUAAUAUAUGUUUCUUAAUGAGAGUCAUCGUAUUGGUCUAUAAUCAUUCAAAAGAAUACUAAAACGAAAUUCUUGGAAUCUAAUUCCUUAAACUCUUAUAUGCACAUUUCUUUGACUUCUUCUCAAUUUUUUUAAAUAUGAAAUAUAGAUUAAAAAUGUCAUGUUCUUCCAACCAUGUAUCAGUGCUUUCAUAAUUGUCUCGGUCACAAAAUUCAUGCGAAAUCUCGAAAGUGAAACUAGGGCCGAUGUUAAUUGUCCUUAGGAGAGGUGAUACGUCAGUGAUGAACAACCAUGGGAACGUGAGAGAUUACAUUAAUUAGUUCCUAUCUUUCUUUCCAAGACAUUGAUAGGUUUAUAACAUGUGGUACGUUUAGACUGGUUUUUCCAUGACCUAUAUCCGUUCGAUCAUCAGACAUCAGUUGUCAAAAUUAUGCACUUGUUCAACCAACCAAGUAAAUAUAACUAAUUUAUUUAAAAAAUGCAAUUUUUUAAAUUCAUCAUUAUUCAUGACAAUAUUUGAUAUCACCGCGUCAAAUCAUCUCCAUAGUACGUACAUGUAUCAUGCAAAAAGGGAGGCUGGCACGUUUGAACUUCGUUAUAAGUGCAGUUGGCAAACCUUUUGUAAACCCAGCCCUUUUUGACAAAUGCAUGCCGAAAAUGGAUCUGUUUGUUAUUUGGAAUUAUGUAUCAAUGUUUCGACACAAUGACGGCAUUACACCCACGGCUUGUGAUCCUUUUACGCGGCCAAAUUUAGACACGUGUCCGAAAGUUGAGUUAUACUCGCAUAAUAUGAUAUACGUGAUUUCCGGUGCCUAUCCCGACAUGCCCUCCUGAAAGAAAGAACUAGAUUGAUAGGAUACUCACAGCUGAACACAGGGACAAAAUUAAUCGCAUCCUUAUAGGUAAAAAAAAAAAGAAAGAUCAUUCAUGAUUUCGACACCACGUUGAUGCAAUGGUUCGAAAGUGGACCUCACUAUCACAUCCGUCUCUUUGUAGUUUGAUUCUGUCAAUUCAUUCUUCAUGUUGGCAUAAUAUAAUGCAUUUUGGUGAGCAGGUGUUCAGCGAUAUAAACAACAAUGUAAUUUGAUAAUAACAUAUAAAUCACUAAAUGAGAAGAAUAUAAAUACUGAAUGACAAGAAAAAAUCUCUCCAGACUAAAUACUACAUAACCUGAGAGCGACGGUGCCCCUGCUUAGUGUUCAUGGUAUACAUAACCAACAUUCCCUAAUUUGAUUAGUUUGAACUGUUUCUUUAUCCCUAAAUACCUAGUGAAUCAAACAGUUUUGAGUAACAUGCGUUGUCUCAUAAUUUGUCAAGAUUGAUUUAGGAUAUGAAUGUGUACCUUCAGGUAAAUAAUUGAUAUUUCUAUAGACUCUACACAAAAUACAUAAUUUAUUCCAGCAUAUCCAUGCUCAUAACAUUUCUUAUUUCACCCGUGGGAUUUUCUAAAAUACUCCUUGCAAUGUCGUGUUGUAGAGGUUACACCAAAAUGAUGAACCCAUAGAGUGUGAUGAUGCAUCCCUAAUUAUACACCCAUUUCUUGAUCUUACCAGUCACAGUGAUCUUCCGAAGAUGUCAAAGUCUUGAGGGAACAGGUGUUACCCCUUUGAUCCCUUCGGCUCAGGUAUAAUGACCCUGACUGGAGUCCGUAGGGGUGACGGGGAUUCCAUCACCAUGCAUGCUCAUAGUCUUGUGAUGUGUAUACAUUCAUAUAGGGGUGUAGGAAUGUACCCCGGAAGGGGUGUAGGAAUGUACCCCGGAAGGGGCGUAAGGGUAAACCCUUUCAACAUAUUUAAAAGGGGUACAAGAUACCUUUGUAUAUCUUGACAUCUGGUUUCGGGCAUGCUAUACUUGCGAAAUCGCCAAGGAAGUUUCUGGAAUCUGAUUAUCUAACAUGUCUAACCUGUCCCCUGGAGUCUUUGAACGUGUCUGAACUUAGUGCAAAUUUGGAAAGGUUCUAAGAACAAAAGCAAUGAUGAGUGCCAGAAAUAUAUCUCGAAGCCAUGGAUGUUAUAAUGAACCCCUGCAGGCUAAGAGAAGCAUCAUUCUCGAAGCCCAACAAGUGUGUAUUGGGGUGUAAGACGUAUCCAAAGAUCACCCCUUCCAGGGAUCCUCGGGCAACUAUGUUCUAAGUUUGUACCAGAAUCUCAGAAGGUUUCGCACUUCAUUACUUGCCUAUUCCUUUUCCACUUCCGCUGUUGGCACAGAUUGACAAUAUGUAUAUUGACAGUUUGGUUCAUAAUCAAAUUACCGUAGGGUUUCCGUUCAUUAUCAUCAUCCAUGUGAUGAGAAUUAUAACUGGCUUUUGGGCCGCCAUUGGCAAAGUUUUUAAUUUUCAAUAUAACACAAACCAGUACAAUACAGAAACAUUUCAGUAAUCAUACAGGUGAAGUAACUGCUGACAUCAUGGUCCCUAUAAUAAUUUGAUACCAGGACUUCACAUUAACGCUUUUAAUCUAAUACCAUGUUCCAUCAUUAAAGAUACUGUCUUAUCUGUUAGCUGGCAUUUACUGUUAAUUUCAAAAAUGGGGUUGAUAUCGUAAGGUGAAACCCGCAUUGCAUUUCCCAAAUGAUUUUUGGCUGAUUGGUGACUGUUAUGGAAGUGGCGAUCGGGGGCUGGGAAUUGUGGUCACGCUAUCCAAUAAUUUUGGAGCGGAAGGGAAUAUGAAGAUAACAUCAUACACACACGACAUCCAUCUAUAGCCGUUUGUGUAAAAUACCCUUGUCACGAUGAAGGUCAUUGUAACAUCAUCGCACUUCUACUGGAGAUAACGCUAGUGGCAGAACAACAAUAAUACUAAAAUACUCCCAAUAUUCAGCGUUUCUUGCUCGAUCAAUUAAACAAAUUAUAUACGUCUUAAAAAGGUUAUUAUUCAAUCUCAAUUCAUGAAAAUACUCAGUCCCAAUUCUACUACAGAUAGAGCUGUCUGAUGCUUAUGGAUAUUUGUGUGUGCUAACUUUGAACAAGUAAAGUCAGUUAAGUUCCAUCAACGCCGAUCUUCAAUUCUUUCCCUUUUUUAACGACACCAUACGGUCAACUUGUCACUAAUUACCCCCUCUUAGUGGAACUACCCUUUAUGACGUCAGUCAAUGUCUUAUCUAUAUACCGCCACUGAAACUGCAAUUAGGAAAAUUUAACACACUCUGACCACUUCAUGUUAAGCUAAUUUGCUGCUUGUGCAGCAUAUAGGUGCCAUAUUUUCAUUUAAAAAGGUCAGUUUUAAAUUGUCGCGACUUCCAAAAUAGAUACCAAAUUGUAACCUAGGUACCUUAAAUAAUUCUUCCAGGUCAGUGUCUGAAAUAAAACAGGGAACCUCUCCACACCCUUGUAAGAUUUCAGUGAAGAGUCGGUUUUUUUUCUUCAUUCUCCUGCAAGAAUUAUUUAAUUCAUUUUCACAAAAAGGAAGGGGAAGGUUUAAGUGUCUAUAUUUAGCUCAUUCAUUAUGUUUGUAUCAUGCACCCCCCCCCCCUCCGUUACAACAAACUUCUGCAAAAGUACAGCUUGUCAAUAUAUCAGGAAAUUCAAUCGGAGGGCCCAGUAUAGCGUAAAACAGUGAGUAUUAUUACGAUCAGGAUUUUACGUGUUCAAGAUUCGACGAAGAUUUGGGGUACUAAAAUGGGGGUCUUGUUCGACUCGCUCGCUAUUUUUAGUCUGUCUUCGGGAAAUGUUUGGUUAAAACAAGAUAUGAGGCUCUUUUGGCAAUUAAUUAUCUCGUAAAGCUAUUCUUUGAAAUGAUGACAUAUUGAAUGAAUUGAAAGAGUCGUCUUAGACCAGGCAAGUGUUCUGUCAGCGUUGAUUGUGAAAGUACAAUGUCUUUUGUCAUGAAUAUGGUUUUUUGUAAUCCAAAAUACAUUCUUUAUUGUGACUUCAAGAAAAUUAGCAUUGGUUUGACCCGACAAAUUUUGUUUCAUUAAUUCCCGACCGACUUCUUGUAUUCGCCACUCGAUAGUCAGUUAGAUAAGAAACUUCAAAUAAUGAGAAAAAUGAUUAACUGAAACACCGAUGAACAAAAAAGAAAAUGUCUAGACCACAGGAUAAAUGGGAAACCCCUCCCCGAAUGGAGAAACUUGUAACCUUAAAUAGCCAUAACAAAUCGACAAAAUGUCAUCCAUUAAAUCAUUACAUUAUCAUGACUAGGUCAUAUUGGCUGCUCCCAGGGUGACUAAGCUGACGACACAAUACUGUAUAUUGAAUGACGAAUAUUAAGAAUCUAGGGGUGUAAAAAACAGGUGGAUCCUCCAAGGAGUCUUUGCUUUCUCAUGUAGGUUAAGAAACCGAGCGUUCAUUAGUAAAGAGGUCAAAAAUAAUAAAUCAUUGGUGAUAAAAACAUAACUUCGACCUUUCGAGUGAGUUUGCAUUGUGCAAGGCACGAUUCGGACUUUAUAUAUUGUGUGGUACUGCAAACAAAGCAAUAAAAAGUGCAAAGGGAUGGCUGAUAAUGCAAUUAUAAUAUUCUGAUAAUUCAGAUAUCAAACGUAAUGUUCAAUUUGUGUAUUUUCAUUGACAAUCUUGUAUGUCUGAACAAGAAUACAAAUACAUUAAUUCUUACUUUGUUUAAUUUUGUUUACAUUGUGAUCUAUUUUUAUCAAAUGAUUAGAAUACUCUGAAACGUUUCAAGUCUGAAACACAGAAGAUCAUUUAACGAAAAUGAAAUUGCAUAUCAAUAUGAUUUGGCGCUGUUACCAGGAAAACAAUUUUUUGUACUUAGGUUUGGAUUCCUUGGGUGCACGACCACCUUAUCAGGAGGGCUCAGGCAAAGAUAGGGGUAGGAGAAUAAAGUUUUAAGACGUCAGGAGCGCCAUGUGAAAAAAAUAUUUCUAUCACUUGACAUAUAUUCAAAUAAAUUCAAUUUUGACGAUUGUUUAAAUCUCAUUAAUCCCGACUAACAUCCAACAUGACAUGAUGUUACUCGACUCCUAGAUGUGCUGUCACGUGACUCCAUCAUCAGGAAUAGCAUGAUUUUUCAUUAAUCACGAAAUGAAUCUUUCCCCUACUGAGAGGACAGAGGGGUUGUCAAUGUUUUCAUUAAAUAGGACACUGACCGAUCAUGGAAUAUAAUUAUCAUGACUAGGUUAAUCUUAGAGGAGAAAAAAAUUCGUUUUCUCCAUUUUCAUGUUCUCGAUGACUUCGAGCUGCAAAUAUAUUUUCAAUCCUUAUGUCAUUAUUUUGACUCUUGAUGAUAUAACAUGGUUGUCGUGUAGCUAUUCUAUUUAAAGCCUGUGAUCCGAAUAAUUACCCUUAAACAGCGAGUAACUUACCAUCAUUAAAAUUUAUUAUGAGGCAAAAAACAGCAAAAUAUUGAAAACAAAUUAAUGCAGUAUUAUGAUAUCAUUUAUUGUUUGAAAUUGCAAUUUUUGAAUAAAAUAACUUUCUUUCUUUCACUUUUUACAUGAUUUAGCUUUGCUAUCAUACGCAAACAAAUCCAUUGAUAUCGUCGCUUUCCGCUUGCAAUAUCUUUUUUUUUUACACAAAAAGGAUUAUAAUUUCUGGCUUCCAUUAUUCUACGCACUUCAAAUCCUGCCAAUAAAUAAUCUGUUUCCUAAUUGUUUUGUUGAUUAGAGUCGUAUGGACAGGAUAUAUCAAGAUUCACUUCAUUGUCGACAUCCCUAGUUUUCUUUUCACUUUAGGCAAUGAUUUACAAAACAAAAUAAAAGAAACAAAUUACUUUCAUGUGGGUUUCCACUCCGUGCACGUCCCUCCAUGCCUAAAGGUACAGUUCUAGCCCUCAUUUCCUUUUUCGAUAAUUCAGUUGGGCUGCAAGGGGCAACUCGUCCAGCUAUUCGGAAGUUAAAUUUUAUUCCAUAAGAGAUUUCAAAAUAAUCAUUUAUUCUGCGGUUUCCCCUUCAGAAUACCUUUCCGGGCCCGUAGGUAUAGGCAUUGCCAGAUUUCUGGUUGGUCUGUAGGGUUUGGGGCGCAGGAACAAAAUUUGCCCCUCUGCGAGUCCGGGAUCGGAUAUUGAUGUAAUGAGGGUUAUUUUGUCUACAUGUGAUCAUGGUGAUGGUGAACUCUGGUAAAGGGGAUGAGUAGCCCUACAUAGUUAUCUCUUCAAGAAUUAGGCGUCAUCAGACGAUCAUAACAUCAUGCAAAGAAAAUUAUUUUGCCUUUUUUGUAAUGUGAUAAUCCUUUUCAAAUUUAUAGAUACGUAAAAAAAACUUGACUUUAAGUCAUUUUCAUGUUUUGGGUUUUUUGUCUCACCUGCAUAGCAGAGUGAGACUAUAGGCGCCGCUUUUCCGACGGCGACGGCGGCGGCGACGGCGGCGGCGGCGGCGGCGGCGACGGCGGCGUCAACACCAAAUCUUAACCUGAGGUUAAGUUUUUGAAAUGACAGCAUAACUUAGAAAGUAUAUGAACCUAGUUCGUGAAACUUGGCCAUAAGGUUAAUCAAGUAUUACUGAACAUCCUGCCUGAGUUUCAUGUCACAUGACCAAGGUCAAAGGUCAUUUAGGGUCAAUGAACUUAGACCAUGUUGGGGGAAUCAACAUCAAAAUCUUAACCUAAGGUUAAGUUUUUGAAAUGUCAUCAUAACUUAGAAAAUAUAUGGACCUAGUUCAUGAAACUUAUACAUAAGGUUAAUCAAGUAUCACUGAACAUCCUGCAUGAGUUUCACGUCACAUGACCAAGGUCAAAGGUCAUUUAGGGUCAAUGAACUUUGGCCGAAUUGGGGGUAUCUGUUGAAUUACCAUCAUAACUUUGAAAGUUUAUGGAUCUGAUUCAUGAGACUUAGACAUAAUAGUAAUCAAGUAUUACUGAACAUCCUGUGCAAGUUUCAGGUCACAUGAUCAAGGUCAAAGGUCAUUUAGGGUCAAUGAACUUUGGCCAAAUUGGGGUAUUUGUUGAAUUACAGCCAUAAAUUUGAAAGUGUGUUGGUCUAGUUAAUAAAACUUGGACAUAAUAGUAAUCAAGUAUCACUGAACAUCCUGUGCGAGUUUCAGGUCACAUGAUCAAGGUCAAAGGUCAUGUAAGGUCAAAGAACUUUGGCCACGUUGGGGGUAUUUGUUGAAUUGCCAUCAUAUCUCUAUAAGUGUAUUGGUCUAGUUCAUAAAACGUGGAAAUAAGAGUAACCAAGUAUCACUGAACAUCUUGUGCGAGUUAUAGUAGUUUUCAAAAUCAGCACUGCUGCUAUAUUGAAUCGCGUGAUGCAGGUGAGACGGCCAGAGGCAUUCCACUUGUUUCUAAGCAACGCUCACUUGACAGCAGUUUACUUUAGUUUAAUGAUACCUAUACCGGUAUAAAGAGUUUGAUCAAUCAAUCGUUUCAGAUAUAUUCUCAGAACGCUUGGAUCAAUUGUUGGUUUAUUAAAGGUUUCUAGACAAUUAUUCAUACAUAACUGUAUGUAAGAGGAAAUGAAUAUUGUCAAAUCAUCUGGCUAUGACUUCCGCUUAAGAUCACAAAGUCCUUAGAGUUUGCUAAGGUAUUUAAGAUGUCUUCAAUCUAAGAAUCUUUAUCCUAUCUCGAAAGUUGUACUCCUCAACUACAUGGUAUAUUUUCAUCCUCUUUAUCUUAUAUUGCUUUGUCACGCGGCUGAAGAUAAAAAAAUUCGCGAAUGACAAAAUGUGAAGGAAAGCACGGUAAUCUUCACCCCAAUCUAUGGCGGAAGUUGAUCUUAGAUCUUUCUUAAGUUGGCGCCGUUUUUAAGAGACAUGGAAGCACCUCAUGGGUUUAAUUUUAGAAACUGGUGUAACAUAAGGCCUCAUCCUUCUUUUUUUUCUUAAGACCAACGAUGACUUAUUAUCGAAUACCUAUAGCUUAUAAUCUCUGAACUUGGAAGGUUCAUGAAAUUAGGUAAUUUUGAGGAAGUGUUGCUUAAUUGCAUUUUCACGCGAGAUCUUAACGCCUCCGCUGCAGGGCCAAUGUAUACAGAAUAUAAGAUGGAAACGGAAAUUAGUGAUAAUUUUAUAAAAUGUUUCAGAAGAAUACAUGAAAAAAAUCAUCUGAGAAUUUCGAAGUAUGUGUAUAUGUAAUCAUGCUGGAUUACAUCUUGCAAAUGCAGAAAAAUUAAAACAACUAUAGGUAUCAAAGUCUCUUUCCUAUACUGCUCCCCUCUCCUUCAACAAUUCACUUAUUCGGUUGACAGCACUGUACACUGAACUGUCAUUCAGAAUGCAUGAUUAAUACGCAAUUCAAAAAACUCAAUUUUGUAGUUAUAUAUUCACAUCUUUUAUCCUAUCACACACAAUUGACUAACAGUGAAUUCCCCACGAAGCAUGGACAAGACAUUUGCGCCACACUUUAAGUAAUGACCGAAUUCAGAGCACUUUAAAUGCAAGAGUCACACCAACGAAACUGACUUCAAAACGACCGAUGGUAUGCCUUUCGAAAUAACGUAAUAGGGGUAAUAGCUUUGAUCGGUCUGGAGUCGGUUUCAAUGGUGUGGCUCUGUCAUGAGCGUACUACAACAUACAUAGACAUCACUAAAACCAGAAAUACCUAUACAAACGUCUUCAUCAGUCGAAACUCAGGGGGGCUAACAACGAAAGAUCACUCCAUUCAUCUUUUGACAGCCCCUACCGUGUCUGAGCCAUCUCGCUGUUCAUUCUCUCAACGGAUUAAGAAGGGAUUUAUUUUGGAUUAGGAUUGUCAGAGCUUACCCCCUGACUCACACUAUAGCUCCCGUGGUGAUAGUUUCUCUCAUUCCAUGCAACAUGGUCACGUGACCCAAGAAUAGAAAACGCUUUAAUACGCAGUAUCAAUCAAUUUAGGUUUAUUGCUAUUAAUAGUUUCCAUUAAUUGUGUCCAAAAAUUUAAAAAGUCAAAUUGUCACUAUUGCGGGAGUAAGUGUCAUUGCAUCAUUAUAAGGGAAUGAUUAUGAUAACAACAUAGCAAUUUAUAACGUUUUCAGAGAAAAUGUAGUCAACAUUUUUUUUUACUUUAAAGAUACAUCGAUGAUUUCUCAUUUUAUUUUACUUACUACUUUUAUACAAAGCAAUAGUAACGGAUGAAUUUUAUACAAGAAAAUUUAUAGAUUUGAUUUCAUAUUAUUUUGAAAUGUGUAUUUGUUGCUAAAUUUGCAACAAAAUUAUUUAUGCAACAAUUCUAUAAAUGUGUGCAACAAUGAUUAAUUUCUCAAUCAUAUCAAUAGAUAUAAUUAUGUAUAGUGCGAGUAAGAUUUAUGAAAUUGUGUUGUUCUUGAUUUUGUUCAGUAGCUGAAAAUAAGAUAUUUUGUGUGUUUUUUUCUUUACCCUCUAAAAAUAUAGGUUAUUGUUAAGAUUUGUUAAUUUAGAUAGUAAAUGCUUUGUCUUUACCGACUAUUCCUUUUUUCAUUAAAUUUUUUUUUGAUAUUAUUAUCAAAGAAAUCUAGUUUUUAUGAGAAGAAUCAAUAUAAAAUAAAUGUUUUCUAUGCCAAUGUUGUUUUUUAUUAUGUUUUUUUAAUGAUUAUGAAUGUUGUAUGAUUUCAUUUUACUCUCAAAAGCUAUGUCUUAUUCAGUUUACUUAUUUUGUUAGAACAACCAACUACCUGUUUAUGAUUUCAGGGCUAAUAGAUUUUUAUUUACCCUUAUUAAGAAUUUUAGUUUCAUCUUCUUGUUCCUCGCAAUAUUAAAUACCUGUAAUGAUGUAUCUAUUUUUGUACAAUACUCCUAUUCCUGUAUAUGUUGAUCCCGUGUAAAUAUGGAAAUUCAUUAAAUUAAUAAAAUGCAUAAAU